AUUUGGUCACGUUAAAAUCGAAGGGGGAAAAAAAAAUAAAAAAAUCGGAACACUACAUGACGCUGCGCUGCAGUCCGAUUACGCGGCGCUCCAGAGUGGUGAUAAAAGUUGGUGCGCGCACAGUGGAGCUGUCAGACUGAGCCCAGACGCGGCUCAAGCAACGACCGGAUUCCUUCGUGACUCACCGGGAGCGAGGAGACCACACGUGCAUCCCAAACCACUCAGGAACUGUUACAAGGACGCACCGUAAGGAGUCCUCCUCCACCUGAUUUUGAACCAGUGGGAUAUUACAGAAGAUACCCGAGUCGAAUUUGAUCUUAAGGGUGGAUGAGAUGCCGUCAGUGAUGCGUUAAAGGACCAAUAAUCAGUGCUGAUAAGAAGCCGUUCCUAGCUUUUACGCACGUCUCCAGAUUUGAAAUCCUGGAUGUUAGCAGCCCACCUGAUGGUUUAAAGGGGUGUUCAUGCGUGGGAAGGGAGUGGGACACUUCCAGCCUCUGGCUCCGACCACUUUGGCCCAGGAAGAAGCCUUGUUGGGGAAAACGCGAUGCCAGUGUGAUGGACACGUGCGAGUGGCGAUCAGAGGACACCAGGAUGGAUGAGCGACACGCGCAGGUUGGAAGCAAAGGGCUUUUACUCGUCAUGGUGCUCGUCAUCAGCCUCUGGGACAGGUGUGAGGGCUCGACAGCAGCGCAGCAUGUUCCCACAGGCACCUGCGAGGUGGUCGCCUUGCAUCGCUGCUGCAACAAGAACAAAAUCGAGGAGCGCUCGCAAACCGUCAAGUGUUCCUGUUUUCCGGGCCAAGUGGCCGGCACCACCAGAGCAGCCCCCUCCUGCGUAGACGCAUCCAUAGUGGAGCAGAAGUGGUGGUGUCAGAUGCACCCGUGCCUUGAUGGCGAGGAAUGCAAAGUCCUGCCCGAUCUGAAGGGCUGGAGCUGUGCUACAGGGAACAAGAUCAAAACCACAAAGAUUUCCGCCGAUAGAGAACAACUUUGGUAACAUCACACACUUCACCAGGAACUCAAGGUGAAUCAAAGGAGAAGAGCCUGAUGCAAAGAACUUUUCUGUAAAUAGACUGCAGUGAAUCCUUGGAAAACUAUGAAUCCCUCAUGAACUACAUUGGACAUCCAAUUAGAGGAGUAGAUUUAAAUAAGAGGACUCAUUUGAAAGAAGCCUUACGGGAUUUGCUCUCUUAUACCGUACUGCUAGUAGUGGAUUACAAUGGUGAACUUUGCCUAAAUGUUCAAUUCUAGAGUCAUACGUGCUUUACAGGUUUUGUUUGUUCGGCGGGACGACAGCAAGCAUCGUCGCUGACAAACAAAGUAGCUUCAAAGGGUGAACGUGAUGAAAAAGACGUACUGUAGCUGAGUAGCAGAUAUUCAGGGGGAUUUUCAAAGACGUACACAACCACACUGACGCGCCUCUGCCUGAAAUGUUUGAUGUCAUUAUGCGACCUGUUUCCAUACAUUUAAAACUUAGCAGAGGGAUGUGCAUAAAAAUGCACCGUCACUGCAGUGAUCGCUGGAUCUCCUGUCGUUAGAACCAGCCAGCAGCAGCUCGCAGGAAGUACUUUUGCAGUAUGUGUCUUUGGAAAAUCGAUUUUCUGGCAGCUUCUGAUAUUUUUGUUUGCCCCUUAAAUAUCGAGACAAAAAAAAAUUCACUAAAUAAAAAUUUCAAUAAAAUGGCUAAGAACAAUUACAUGACUGUUUUCAACCCAAAUAUGACAUGACAUGUUCCUUGUCUGAGUAAAGUGAUGACAUCAGUAAUAA